UGUUUCUUCCUAAAAAAAUCUAUAUAUAAUUCAAAGUAAUGACAUAAAUGGAUAAACUGUUUUCUGUUAUUUUAAUUCUCUGAAUAAGAAGGAUAUAUGUUUGAAAUGACCACUGACUUAGUUUUAAUUCGAGAAAGUUGGUGGCAAUGUGCUCCAUUCAUGAAAAGUUUCAACGUUUCUCUCUAGAAUGGUGAUAUACCGGUAGUAAGGGACACUUGUUCGCUGCUUUAAACUUGUACUGUGGCCAUUUUUAAAGGUACGCUACUGGCAAUUUAUACUGAAAAUAUAUAUUUAUACCGCAUUACAGAUAUGAUGACUACAAUUUCACCUAUUUGAUAAGUUAAGAACUGAAGGCACGUUAAACAAUGGCGUAUACUGUUUUAUGUAAAGCUCAUUCAAAAUCGGCAUCUUCAAUUUGUUUCACACACGGGACAUUUCUGUGUAUUAAAUGUCUGCUUGAAAAGGUUGAAGAGAAAGAAGAUUGUAUCAAAUAUGAUAUGACUGACAUCGCAGACGAAAAAUACCAAACAAAGCUGAAGUUUUUCACAAUGCAACACCAUGCUUUGAAGAAACAAGAAACAUUAAAUUACAGAAUCAAAGAGGUUAAUAAGGAACGAGAAUAUUUGGUUAAACAAGUGGAAGAGGCACAAGAAACGCUUAUUAAAGAUAUAAAGGACAAAGCUGGCAAUAUUUUGACGGCAAUAAGCAAUGAAGGUGCUACAAUUGAAUCGAAAUACCAAGUUUUCGUGAAAGAAAUCGAUGAAAAGUUAAAACCUUUAGAAGCGGAUAUUAAACGCAUGGAAUCUGCAGACUCAGAUAUUGCUAAAAUUCGGAGAUCGAUAGAGAUUUUGGAGAAAGAAUUGACACAAAAAUACGUAGUUUUUGGCACAGUUACAGCCGACUUUGAAACAAACAAAAAACUAACAGAAACAUUUAAAGGCCUUGAUUCUCUUGGUACCUUCGUUUUGACAGAGAUGGAAGAAUACGAACCGAUUGGCGGUGAAGACAACAAGGCAUUUGCAAACGAUGAAAGUGAAAAGAGAGAUGUGAUGAAGACUAAGAAAACAGAUGGAAUUGACAUCAAAGAUGAAGGUGAAAAGAGAGAUGUGAAGAAAACUAGGAAAACAGAGGGAAUUGACAUCAAAGAUGAAGUUGAAAAAAGAGAUGUGAGGAAAACUAGGAAAACAGAGGGAAUUGACAUGAAAGAUGAAGGUGAAAAUAAAGACGUACGGAAAACAGACAAAACGGAGGUAAUUUACCGCAGAGAGACCCUGCUCGCUUCUGAAAUGUACGAUUCCGAUAUUCGGACAUCAAAUCCCCAACCUGCUAAACACAGCGAUAAUCUUGAGAAAGAAGUUAACAUGGCAACAAUUAAAAGUGAAGAAGAACAACACCAGCCGCCUUCACCGCAAAUAUCUCAAUUGCAAAGCGAAGAUACAUCUUCAGCAACGUCGAAAUGCUGCUGCUGUAAUUAAAUAAUGGACAACACAAAACUAACAUGAUCGAUAAAUUGUGAUUUUGUAAAUUUGAACGAGUGAUCAUUUUAAAAACUUGAAAGCUCAUACCAAUAUUGCUCGAUUCCUUUUCUUUUAUAAAGUUGCCUUUUCAAGUUGUGGUAAAUUGACAAAAUAAAAAAAGAUUCGCAAAUUUUCGUUGCAGUUAUGAUAUUUGUGAGGAAACAGUAAUACUGAACAUUUACCAUGCUCUAAAAUAUCCAUUUUAAUGAUGUGCCCCGCACAUUGUUGUUGUUCAACAGUUUACAAUAUGUAUAUCAUUUACAUGUAACAUUCAUAAUACUUACCUGUUUACUUUAUUUCCUGAGCUAAACAUUUUCCAAUUUAUCUCCACUAUUUUGUUGAUAGCAACAACUCACAAAUUUUUACCUCACGAGCAUAUUGUAUAAUCAAUCAUUUAGGCAAAAUGUACAGUGAAUUCUGUUAAGUUUUCCAAUGAUUUUGUCGUUUCAUGUUUAAACACUUGUUGUUUGAUGAAGAUUCUUCCCGUGUUAUUAAUAUUAUUCGCUCAAGUAUUUCAUAAAACUAAUAAUUAUAAAGAUAACUCCUCAGUGUUUAUUGUAAAGCACUGUAUUUUACCCUUUUAAAUCCAAUUUUAUUGUCAGAAAGUUUAUUGUUGUCAACAUGUGUUCCACCAUUUUGUCUUGAAUGCUGGGCCGUAGGUUAAGUUCUACUGUAUUUGUGUCGUCUGAAAUAUUGUAACUUUCGAGAAAGAUGAAAAGAUCGUUCUCUUUUAUGAAUUCGGUAGGUUUUAAUGUCAAAAAUUGAUUAUUUAAGUAAUUUUGAUAGAUUUUUAUCGAUUUCCAAUAUGGCGACAGUUUUUGUCCGCUUCCUCCCGGUAUCCAUGGAACGCGUUCCAUAAAUGGGU